UGCUUGACGCAAGCUCUUGCCAGGACAGGAAGGUUACCUUCCCCCAGGCUGACGAGGAUUCGUUUGGAGGAACCGACAUCCAACCAUGCACUGUUAGCUUCCGAUAUUUUAUUGUGGGGUGUCCUGAACCAACACAACAUCAUCGGCGCGGCAUCCUCGGGGGCCAGGAGGCCUGACGACGCGCGGGGUGCUCACAUAAGUAUGGAAUGGCGCUUUGCUGAUGGCACCAACGAACUGUCUUCUUCCACCCCAGCACCCCUUUUCCGGCGUCUGCGUCUGCAUCUGCUGUGCAAGAUAAGAUGCCCUUCUCGAUCGGCGACGACAACCUGCUCCAGCUGAACCUCGACCGCUUCGACUUCAAUGUCGAGUUCGAGCAGCUGUUCUUCUCCGUCAUCCCCUCGGCCCUGUUCAUCGUCUCGUCACUAUGGCGGACCCUCUCCCAGGCCCGGAAGCCCACCGUGGUGCAUGCGCCGGCCUUCCAACUCGUUAAAGUGGUGUGUUCUCCAGGAGACGGGGAUGGGCUGUUUCAACUCGAGGAGCUCGCCGUUUAACUGCUGUGGCAGGCUGCCAUCGCCACCUAUGUCGGCCUCGAA